GGGACAACUACUGUCGUAACAACCCGUGUUACAUAAAACAGUCACCGUGCACACAGAACUUGUGCAAACUGGAUGAUUUUUAUGACCUUUCAUAUUGAUUCAUUUUAGCUACGUCGUUUAUGGCAGUUUCAAGACGCAUUCGGCGAAUUACGAUUACGCCGAUAAUCUGGUAAUCAGUUCAACCAAACCGAAGAUACCUCAGUUAUCUCACUAUCAUUCUUAGUUGUGUAGUCUUUGUCGUUCCGGAGUUCACGCAGAUGCGCACAAAAGGCAACUCGUACAUUAAUUAGAUGGCCUACCGUUCUGUAAUCAACGCAAAACAUCCAACAGAGAAGUACCAACUGCGUUAGUUGGGUGGACAGAAGUGGAAGAAACGAAAGUACCAAGCUGUAGUCGCCGUCUCCAUUAGAUUUUUACAUUUCAAGCUUUGACUUUUGCAAUGGAAGAUGUGAUUGAUAAUGUAAUGAGACAGGAAUUUGUCAGUGUUUGGGUCCGGGAUCCACAAAUCCAAAAAGAAGAUUUUUGGCAUGCCCACAUUGAUUAUGAAGUCUGCAUAAACACUAACAGCAUGUGCUUCACUAAGAAGAUAUCGUGUGUGAGGAGGAGAUACAGCGAGUUUGUAUGGCUCCGGCAAAGACUGCAGGAGAAUGCUCUUUUAGCGGAGCUCCCCAGACUUCCACCCAAGAACCCCUUCUUCAGCCUCAACAGUGCCCAGCAGGUCUCUCAGCGAAUGAAAGGGCUUCAGGAGUUCCUGGAUGUAAUCCUGCAGAACCCCGUGGUUCUAUCAGACAGUCGCCUGCACCUCUUUCUGCAGUCCCAGCUGAGCGUGGCUAAGAUGGAGGCCUGUGCGUCGGGGCAGACGCGCUUCUCUGUGGACCAGGCCAUCCAGCGCUGCGGCUGUGAGUUCCGCCGUUUCCACUUUGCGGAGGAGCUGCCUGAAGGAGAGGACAAGGCCUGCUGUGACUCGGACUGUGAGAGCACGUCCUCAUCGGGCCUGGGGCAAAGCAGCGAAGCUGUAACGGCCAGUGAGGAGGACAGAACGCCAUGCCCGUCAACGAAGAGCUCUUGAGCUGCGUGUCUGUGUCCGUGAGCAGGAGGUUUAGCCCUGAUGCCCUACGGUCCUGACAGGAAGUGCUUGGCAGAUUCUCCUGCUGCUGAACUUAGCCCAAGUUUCCAUCCUCAAAGUGCCUGAAAGUGAGGUUUGAGACCAGUGGUUCAGCUGGCUCAAGUUUAUUUUACAUGCGUUGCCUUUAACUGUACAUCAUCCACAUUUAGGGAAGCCAGAUGUUUCUGGUUAAUUUAUUUGUACAUAACAGCUGUGGUGAAUAAAUGAGCUUGUUUCCUUGAGCGCCUGCUAAGGUUUGCUUAUCCAUUAGGGCCUUCUCAAAUUUUAUUUUAUUUUUUUACAGCAGAAUCAAGGUCAACUGAGUGAAGAACAUGUUUUCUGUGUGUGCAUGACCUGGUUGAAUUUUGUUUUGCUUUUAGAAAAAGUGCAUACAGUGACAUUUAAUUGGACCUUAAACUUUUACAUUUCUGCCUUACUGGGGAAGGUUUUAAUCAUGUUGAAGUAUUUUACCUAUUUUAACCUUUUGUAUUGGCUUUACUGUAGUUUACAAAUCUCAGGUUAAUGAAGGCUACAUGGACUGUAAAUUCUAGAUUUUAAAAAUGAUCUUUUACUUAAAAGAAACAGCCAUGACUUGGUGAAGGAUGUAUGUAUAGUUAUCAUUAUUUUCAUAGCAUACAGCUGAUUUUGAAUGCAUAGUCAUCUAUGCUUAUUAGAUCUAUAUUGUAUAAAUGCAUCAUUUGGAAAACAAUAUCAAGCUCUUAUCUUAACACUGGUUUUAUUUUACACAUGAUAUAAAUGGCGUAUUGUUAUGCUGUUUUUAUAUUGUUCAAUGCGUAUGUAUGUUUAAUCAAUGUCACAAGAUAUGUUUACACACCAUUUUUUCGUUCAGCGUUCACUGCUUUGUCACUGGAAUAACUAAGAGCUAGGAGAAGGUCUUCCAUUUCUGAAAUUCAGUCAGCUGCAUUUUCACUGGACUUUGAUAUAAAUUGUAUAUAUGCACAGUAUUGUAUUUAAUUCCAUUGAAUUUCAUUUCAUAUGGGUAUAUUGUUAAGUUGGUCAUUCUGGGUGCAAGCCACAUGGAAUUGACUACAUUGGAAGGUUUUUAGAAGAAAAUGUGCCUAUAAAUAAAGGAAACUACUUUUCAUGUUA